AUAUAAACCCCUACACAUCGAAAGCCAUUUUAUUUGGCCAGCUCUCGGUGUCAGUGUUGAUUGGGUGUUUUUUUUUUUUUUUUUUUUUUUUAAACAUGUCAGGAAACAAACUGGAUUUGGUUCAUCAAAACGCGAUUCACGUUGAGACGAUCCGGAAAGAGCAAAGACACCAGAAACUCCACACGGAGUUCAACAUCAAUCCAUGCAGGAAAUUACACGUCCUGCCAGACAAACCCAUGUCUAGGAAGCAAACAGAAGUGAUUGCAGCAAACUCCGACUUCAUCGAGGCCUUCCACAAAGCCCGCCAGGAGCCUACCAAGAAAUAUAAACAGCCUCAGACUGAGAGUCAGGAGAUAGGAUGGAUAUCAACUCCACUGAUCCCAUCGAACCGCAAUGACAUGAGAUACAACUUCUACCGGUUCAGCACAGAUGUCACCAUACACAAAGAAUAUGCCCUGCGUUCAUCAAAUUAAACCAACACAGAAAUAAUGUGAAUCCUCCAAAACAUGAGCACCAAAUGUUCACAUUUUUAUUUGUUUAUCAUACAAACAUACAGGUGUCAUCGUCAGAAGCUGCCCUUUUGCACCAUAGCAAGCUAAGAAAAACAGUUGCAGGGGAAACCUUUGCACAGGUCUAUACAAGGAACACUUCCCCAUCACAUACUAAUCAUAUUAAUGAAUGGGAAAGGGCAAAACGAACAGCUGUCCAAUAUUAUAAAAUGUCAUGCCACAUGGGAGAGAAUCAAUGUGUCAAGAAACUGAGUUAGAAAAAAAUAAAACAGAAGGCACCAACCAGGAGCAGGCGCUGUAUAUUAGACGGCAGGGAGGCUGGAGGAGAUACUGUGGUGUAAUUACAGAAAGCUGGCUUUAAAAAUCACCUUACCAAAUAGGAACAUAUAGAGAAACUGUUGUCCACAGACCAUAAAACCGGGUCUAUAACAAAAGUCAUUUUCGUAACAUUCAAAUUCUGUUUUUUGGGAAAACAACUUAGUGGUCUGGGCCGCUCUGUGUCGUCCACUCUUGGGUUUCAUGAUUUUUGCAAAGGGAGCCUUUUCUUCACCAGUCAUGUCCUUCAAAUAGCUUCCUUAGCAAUAUGGCAGGGGGUCUCUCUCUUUGUGGCUUGAAUCCAAUCACAUCUUAUAGAAGGCAAAUUGUACAAAAAGUACAGAAGAACAAUUCUCCAAAAUGUCUCCUGAUGUACAUGAAGGAGAGACCGAGGGAGCAGGUGUAGGAAAUCCUGCCAAGAAGCAACAUCCAAGUCCAGCCGAUUGACCAACCUCUGUCAGUUUUUAUGAGCGAGACUUCAUCUUCUUGCGUACAGACUUGCCCGGGCGUUUCUGAAAAACAAAUGGAGGGAAAGAUUCAGUACAGGGAACACUAUUUUUCCAGUAACUAUUACACAAUUUGACAAAAUUGUCUAUUGAAUCAGUCAGCAGUGUUUUAUGUGUGUGGGACUCACAUUUUGUUUUCCUCCCCCUCCUCCCUUGCCUUUCUUCCCUCCUUUCCCGCUCUUUGCAUGAGCCACUUUGGCGCGGAAACCAGAAACAUCAUUGUAGCUCUCCUUGGUGUUCCACUUCUUCCCACUCUUCUUGCCUCCGAAGCCAAACUUCUGGUCUUUGUAUUUCCUCUUGGCAUUGGAGCUGUCAAAUAACAGUUACAUUUGAGCCUUUUGUGAAAAUGCCACCAAACAUCGAGAGUAGAAAAAUAUUCCACUCGAUGUUUAGGAUUUGCAAUGUGCACAGCUGAAAUGUAACACCUUACCCUUUCUUGGUCACUGCUUUUUUGGGACCCUGAGAAGAGUCUUUACUCGUCUUCUUGUCUCCCUCCAAGAAAUCCAGUUUGUCAGUCAUUCCUAGGAGUGGGGAGUGAUCAGAAAUCUUAAAUCUCAAUUUGAAAACAUUCUCACACAUUAAUUAUUUUGGGGAACAGUAAUUGAGCAAUUUGCUCCCCUUCUUCCCCAGUGCACAAUAAAUUUGCAGUGUAAGUUGUUGAAAAAAAGAUAAUGAAUAAAGUCACACAAAAAAACUCA